GAAGGAGAAUCACCUAUAAAAGCGUCCUGCGCUUGGAUGUUUUGACACUUGAAGACAUUGUCUGGCUACAGCGAUGCUACGCAAGGGUAUCACAGAGAGCUUUGGAGCUGCUAUCCAUGCCCUCAACACCACUCAGCUGACAGAUGGUGUGAUCAACAGGAGCAAAAGGAUGAUGCUGGACACCCUGGGAGUCGGGCUGCUUGGAACCAGGACAGCCGUCUUCAACAAGGCUCUCAAGUACAGCCAGAUGUUCACGUCUGACGAGAGGAGCAGCGUUUGGGGUAAAUCUCAGAUGAGUCUUCCUCCUCACUACGCUGCGUUUGUCAACGGCAUCGCGGUUCACUCCAUGGACUUUGACGACACCUGGCACCCUGCUACUCAUCCUUCAGGAGCUGUGCUGCCGGCUCUGUUGGCUCUGGCAGACGCACUGCCCAGACAGCCUUCUGGUCUAGACCUGCUGCUGGCCUUCAAUGUUGGCAUCGAGGUGCAGGGACGACUCAUGAGGUUUUCCAGAGAGGCCUACAACAUCCCUGAAAGAUUCCACCCUCCCAGUGUUGUCGGGGUGAUGGGCAGCGCUGCAGCCUCAGCUAAGCUCCUGGGUCUGUCCCCUGCACAGUGCAGCCACGCUCUCGCCAUCGCAGCCUCCUCUGCCGGGGCUCCCCUGGCCAACACUGCCACGCAAACCAAACCUCUCCACAUAGGAAACGCAGCUCGGAGAGGCCUGGAGGCCGCUCAGCUGGCCCAGUUGGGUCUAGAGGGGAAUCCAGACAUCCUGGAUUUGGACCGUGGGUUUGGGGUUUACUACAAGGACUACAGCCCUUCAGCGAUGACAGACUGCGCCUCUGGUGACUUCAGGUGGAUUCUGGAAGAUCAGGAUGUGGCCUUCAAGCGCAUCCCUGCUCAUCUGGGGAUGCACUGGGUCGUGGAUGCAGCGUUGGCAGCCCGAGCAAAGCUUGCAAAUGAAGUCGGGAACUUUGACCUCAGCCAGAUCAGGCAGGUCACCCUUCGAGUGCCUCCAUCCAAGUACAUCGACUGCCCCUUUCCCGCCACGGAGCACCAAGCAAGGCACUCGUUUCAGUUCAACGCCUGCUCCGCCCUGCUGGACGACAAAGUGACGGUGUCUUCCUACAGCGAAGCUCAGAUUAACCGCCCCGCUCUGAAGGAGCUCCUGUCCAAAGUCAAGGUGGAGACCCCGAAAGCUAACCAACCCAACUUUGACAAGAUGUACUGCGAGGUCGAGGUGGAAACACAUCAGGGGCAGAGCCACGUGGCCAGGUGCGAUACCUUUUACGGCCACUGGAGGAAGCCACUGAGUCAGGAGGACCUGGUGGGGAAGUUCAGCGUUAACGCUUCGUCCGUGUUGUGCACGGAGGGAGUGGAGGGCGUGAUCGAGGUGAUAGGAAACAUCGAGAGAGUGAGGGAGAGCUCAGUGUUGGGUUUAUAUCUGACAAUGACAAGCAGUCAACAGGAGCAGUUAUACAGCUCGAUGUAGUGUGUGUGUGUAUGUGUGUGUGAAGCCAUUUGAUGUGUUCAACUUGCACAAGAAUGAACUAUAAAAAUGUAAAUAUUUAUACAGGAUAUAAAGUGAUUUUCUUUUACUCGUU